AUGAGCGUUGCUCGCGGGGGCGGCGCACUGUCGCUGCCCAAGUUCAGGCACAAUGUUGCGAAACGCAUCGGCCGGUUCCUCCUCGUCGACGGUGGCGUAAACACUGGAAUUAGCAACAAGAAGGCGACAAAGAGGAGCAAGAGGAUCAGGAGCAAGGCAGACGAGGAGGGCAAGGACCUUGUGCGGUGGAUGUGCGAGGAGCUCAAGGCGAGGCAGGUGGCGGGCACCGAGAAGAGGGAGUUGUGGUCCAUGUAUAGGCGCCUGACAAGAGGCGAGCCGCUGGCGUACAUCCUAGGAAACGUGCCAUUUGGGCCUCUCGCCCGCCUUGAGGUUCGCCCGCCGAUCCUCAUCCCUAGGCCCGAGACGGAAGAAUGGACCGAACGGCUUGCUUCGAUGCUCAUUGCCAGUCCCGCACCACGCAGCGAGGCGAUCAAGAUCCUGGAUCUCUGCACUGGCUCCGGCUGCAUUGCCCUCUCGCUCUUCUCUCACCUCACCAAGCAUCGCCAAGCAGAGGUCCUCGGCCUGGACAAGUCCCGUAUCGCCGUGGAGCUGGCGCGGCGGAAUGCCCACUCCCUCUUCCCGCCGCAGCAAUCACAGUCUGCAUCAAAGGUCGCGUUUGAACAGGCAGACAUGUUCGAUUUCGAUCCGGUCUCGGUGGGCGGACCGUUUGACGUCGUCGUUUGCAAUCCGCCCUACAUUCCGCUGGACCAGUGGGAGAAGCUGGAGGAUGGCGUAAGGCUGUGGGAGAAUAAAGCGGCGCUAGUCGGUCCUGGAGAGACCGGGCUAGGGUUCUAUAAAAGACUGGCAGCGCUCGUGAAGAGCGGUGGUCUGCUGCGUGCGCCUUCCUCGGAGGCAAAGGGAAAGAGAAGGCCGGCAAUCGUUGUUGAGGUAGGCCACGAUCAAGCUGAGAAGGUACGGGACAUCUUCAAGGGUACAGGCGUAGGCCUGGACAUUGAGAUUUGGAAGGAUGCGUUUAAAGUGCAAAGAGCGUUGUUCAUGUACCAUCAAUGA